UCCCAUCACUGUAGUCGUAAUUUGCAGCUAGCAAUCCUAGCUAGCUAGUUAUCCGAAGAUGGCGGCUUGUAGACGUGUUCCUCGUCUCCUGCUUUUGAUGUCUAUCCUUUUGUAUGUGCAUCCCAUUCGAGAGGAUAAAUAUCAGAUCAAUGGAGUCGCCAAGCCUCCAGUUAGUGUUGUUAUCCCGGCUCAAAAUCCAGACGGAGUACCGGCUGCUGUAAACGGAGCUCCAGUACUCGCGGCCCUGCCACUUCGUAGACGCACUAGCGGCUGGAAGCUGGCCGAAGAGGGGGCUUGUCGGGAGGACUUGACAAGGCUUUGUCCGAAACAUUCCUGGAACAAUAACCUGGCUGUGCUUGAGUGCCUCCAGGAUAGGAAAGAGGAAACAGAGAUUGCUGCUGACUGCAACCAUCUCCUUUGGAACUACAAACUGAACCUGACGACCGACCCCAAGUUUGAGUCUGUGGCUGUGGAGGUGUGCAAGACCACCAUCACCGAUAUAAAAGAAUGUGCAGCGGAGGAGAGAGGGAAGGGCUACCUGGUGUCCUGCCUGGUGGAUCACCGCGGUAACAUCACAGAGUACCAGUGCAACCAGUACAUCGUCAAGAUGACCAGCAUUGUGUUCAGCGACUACCGCCUCAUCUGUGGCUUCAUGGACAAAUGUCGCGAGGAUAUCAACACCCUGCACUGUGGCAGCAUCUCCACCGGCGAGAAGGACGUGCACUCCCAAGGUGAGGUGAUAGCGUGCCUGGAGAAGGGUCUGGUCAGGGAGGCAGAGGAGCAGCCCGGGGCCCACUCCAUAGGGGCCAACUGUAAGAAGGCCAUCAUGCGCGUGGCCGAACUUUCCUCAGACGACUUCCACCUGGACCGAUACCUAUACUUCUCCUGCCGGGAGGACCGCGAGCGCUUCUGUGAAAACACUCCAGCUGGAGAGGGCAGAGUUUACAAGUGUCUCUUCAACCACAAAUUUGAGGAGGCCAUGUCUGAAAAGUGCAGAGAUGCUCUGACCACUCGUCAGAAGCUGAUUGCCCAGGACUACAAGGUGAGCUACUCCCUGGCCAAGGCCUGCAAGACGGACCUGAGGAAGUACCGCUGCAGUGCGGACACCAACAUGCCCCGCGCCCGCGAAGCACGCCUCUCCUACCUGCUACUCUGUCUCGAGUCUGCCGUACACAGAGGUCGUACAGUGAGCGGGGAAUGUCAGGGGGAGAUGUUGGACUACAGGAGGAUGUUGAUGGAGGACUUCUCUCUGAGCCCUGAGAUUGUGCUGCAUUGCCGUGGGGAGAUAGAGGCCCACUGCUCCGGACUCCACCGCAAGGGACGCACCCUGCACUGUUUGAUGAGGGUAGGCCGAGGAGACCUGGGCGCCAUCGACAACCUCUGCCAGAAAGCUCUCCAGACUUUGAUCCAGGAGGCCGACCCUGGGGCAGACUACCGUAUCGACCGGGCCCUAAACGAGGCCUGUGAGUCUGUCAUUCAGACAGCCUGCAAACACAUCCGCAACGGAGACCCGAUGAUCCUGUCGUGUCUGAUGGAGCACCUGUACACAGACAAGAUGGUGGAGGACUGUGAACACAGGCUGCUGGAGCUGCAGUACUUCAUAGCACGGGAUUGGAAACUGGACCCCAUCUUGUAUAAGAAGUGCCAGGGCGACGCCUUCCGCCUGUGUCACACCCACGGCUGGAACGAGACCAGCGAGAUGAUGCCACCCGGCGCCAUCUUCUCCUGUCUGUACCGCCAUGCGUACCGCACAGAGGAGCAGGGACGGCGGGGGAAUGCAGUGGAACAAACAGGAAAACAAGGUUACAUUCUGUCUCGGGACUGUAAAGUGGAGGUGCAGCGUAUCCUCCACCAGAGGGCGCUGGAUGUGAAGCUGGACCCGGAGCUGCAGAGGCGCUGUAUGACCGACCUGGGGAAGUGGUGCAGUGAGAAGGCAGAGUCUGGACAGGAGCUGGACUGUCUACAGGACCACCUAGAAGACCUGGUGUCAGAGUGCAAAGAUGUGGUGGGCAACCUGACUGAACUGGAGUCUGAGGACAUUCAGAUUGAGACCCUGCUGAUGCGAGCCUGUGAGCCAGUCAUCCAGUCCUACUGUCACGAGGUGGCAGAUAACCAGAUCGACACGGGGGAUCUGAUGGAGUGUCUGGUGCAGAACAAACACCAGAAGGAGAUGAACGACAAGUGUGCCGUGGGCGUCACACACUUCCAGCUGGUCCAGAUUAAAGACUUCCGUUUCUCCUACAAGUUUAAGAUGGCCUGCAAAGAGGAUGUGCUCAAGCUCUGCCCCAACAUCAAGAAGAAGGUGGAUGUUGUGCUCUGUCUGAGCACCACGGUGAGGAACGACACUCUGCAGGACAUGAAGGAGCAGCGUGUGUCUGUCAAGUGUCGUAAGCAGCUGAGGGUGGAGGAGCUGGAGAUGUCGGAGGAUAUACGUCUGGAGCCUGAGCUCUACGACUCCUGUAAGCAGGACAUCGGGCGGCUGUGUCAGAAUGUGGCCUUUGGAAACGCACAGGUGAUCGAGUGUCUGAAGGAGAACAAGAAGCAGCUGACCCAACGCUGUCACCACAAGGUGUUUAAGCUGCAGGAGGUAGAGAUGAUGGACUCGGAGCUCGACUACCAACUCAUGAGGGUCUGCAAGCCGAUGAUCCGGCGGUUCUGCACUGAGGCUGAUGCCAAGAACAUGCUGCAGUGCCUGAAGCAGAACAAGAACAGCGAGCUGAUGGACCCCAAGUGUAAACAGAUGAUCACCAAGAGACAGAUCACACAGAACACGGACUACAGGUUGAACCCGGUGCUGAGGAAGUCGUGUAAGGCUGACAUCCCAAAGUUCUGCCAGAGCAUCCUGAACAAGGCUACAGGGGACAGCGAGCUAGAGGGACAGGUCGUCUCCUGCCUCAAACUCAAAUACGCCGACCAGCGUCUGUCUCCUGACUGUGAGGAUCAGAUCAGGGUUAUCCUGCAGGAGUCCGCUCUGGACUACAGACUGGACCCUCAGCUGCAGCUGCACUGCACUGACGAGAUCUCUCGGCUGUGUCCCGAGGAGGCUGCGGCCCAGGAACAGACUGGUCAAGUAGAGGAGUGUCUCAAAGUCAACCUGCUCAAGAUCAAAGUGGAGGGCUGCAAGAAGGAGGUGUUGAACAUACUAAAGGAGAGUAAGGCAGACAUCUUUGUGGACCCUGUCCUCCACACGGCGUGCGCUCUGGACAUCAAACACCACUGUGCUGCCAUCCCGCCAGGACGAGGGCGCCAGAUGUCCUGUCUGAUGGAGGCCCUGCAGGACAAGAGGGUGCGUCUGCAGCCAGAGUGUAAGAAGAGACUGCAGGACCGCAUCGACAUGUGGAGCUACGCUGCCAAGGUGGCCCCGGCCGAAGGAUUCUCAGACCUGGCCAUGCAGGUGAUGACCUCACCCUCCAAGAACUACAUCCUGGCUAUGAUUGGCCUGGGCGUGUGCGUUCUCUUUCUGUUCGGCCUGCUGUGCGGCCGCAUCACCAAGCGAGUAAUGCAGGAGCAGAAGAACAGGUAGAGAGGGGGGCCUCAGAGGGUCCCAACAGCAAAAAAAUACCUGGACAGGGCCCUCCCUCAGCAUAGCCCCAACUGCCCCCACCUCAGCCUGACUCCAUGUACAAACCAUCUUCCCCUACUUUCUCUCCCCCUCUUUUACCCCCCAAGCCUCCACGUCACUCCCUGAGACUGGGCUCUAUGGGGGAGCCAUUUAAGCUUCCCUGUCAUCAUCGCUAUGUCGUCGGAGGGCCACUUUGGGGCCUGGCCUACAUUACCCAAACUCCCCUAUGGUGGUUGGUCUCUCAGUUUCACUGGUGUGAGAGCCCACAUGCCCCAACUGUGAGACCGACACAUAACCCCUCCAACCCCACUCCAGUGUCUGACUGAUGAAAGCCAAGUCUUCACGUUAUGUUCUACAGGAGACAUCUAGAAGGACGAUGCCGCCACCUUUUAGUCCUCUAUUGCUCCACUGCUAACCAGCUAACGCUAACAGACCUGUACCGCCGGGGUAGGCCAGCCUGCAAGGCCAUAAGCAUUAUUUAUUGAUUUGGAUUCUGCUUUUGGUUUCUUUUGCAGUGUUUUGUUUUUUUUCUGCCUCAUUUAGGUGCAAUAUUUAUUUUUCUUUUAAGAAAUGUUGCAUUUGUGGGGGGUUGGUGGGUCAGAAGGGGAGGUGGGUUCUCAGUAAGCAUGAAGAGUUAUUAUGUGAGAAAGAGCCUCUCCUUCCUUACGGCCUGCCUGGGAGGCUUUCAAUGAUUUCAGUACUGAUACUAUUUGCGUGUGUGUGUGUGUGUGUGUGUGUGUGUGUGUGUUGUCUGAAGGUCUGACAGUUGUGAAAGAGGAGUAAUAACGCUGUUUUUCUAUGAUAUUUUUGUUCUUCUGAGAGGACGAGGUGGUUGACAGACUUCAGGUUGCCGAUGGGUAUUAGAGUCACUGAUUUGCCAUGGGACUGCCAGGUGUGGCGUUGAACUGUCCUCCACUGACUGAGCCUCAUGGGAGAGGAGUCCUGUAGCCUACAGUGUGUUAUAUCAGUCUUACACUCCUUAAAGCUGAUAAUAAUUAUAUUGAUUACUCUAUUUGUGAUUAUGCUGAUAGACCUGGCAGUGUAUCAUAGAUGGCUCCAGUGGCAAAGGAUGGAUGCCUGCUUAGAUAGGACAGUCUGAAGCGGUACUCCAGGCCACGCCAUGCUCGGCCCGUGGUAGGGGUUAGCAUGAUGCUAACUUAGUGGGUGGAAAUGGUAGAGAAGCGUUCUGCAUCAAACAGACUGGCGUCCACACACAUUUCUCUCUAGGUACUCCGUUAGCAGGGAGCGUUUGACAGAGAGCUGGGUCUAAUUUGUCCUGAGUGGACACAACACUGACGGAUGCAGAAAGAUAAGUCUCCCUUUGAAAACUGUCUUCUAACAAGUGUCUCAUCUGGUUUUCAAGUAGUGAAACCUGUAGGGUAGCAGGUUUAAACCAUUGGGUAUUGGUAUUGAAGAAUGGUUGGUGGUACAAAGGGCCAAGAAGAAUGGGUAGAGAAGAAGAAAAAAAUAGAAAAUAUACAAUACAGAUUAAUGCUGAGAGAUGUGAAGAUUUUGUUUGAAAGGAUACUGGAACCGUUGCACAUUUUUCUGUUAUUCUAUAUAUAUAUAUAUAUAUACCAAUACCCAUAUAUAUAUUUAUAUAUAUUGAUAUUGUUUGCUCAUAGCCUUAUUUAUUUGUUUACUAAUGGUCAAAGUUGGUGAGUCCUUUUUUGAUUUGAUUGUUCUCUUGUUGCCUUUUUCUUCAUUGCCUGUGAAGUACCCUGUUGUUAGACCAGGUUAAGAGUAGCCACAGCCUUUCACCUUACCUUUUGAGCGAAGCCUGGUAGCUGAGGCUCGGUUAAGGGAAGCGGGUGGUGCUGGGGACGAGUUUGGGGGAGGGGCUGGAUGUUGUCACUCCAGGAGCGUCUUGGCUCGGUUUUAGUUACUGAACUCUAAAGUACUUGUUCAGGUGGGAUCUAAACUUUAACCAAUACAAACAGAGGAAAGCCCUCUCAAGGAGGAGUUCAAACGCGUUCUCAAGAUGAUUGAACAAUCGAUUUUCUCAAAACAAACUGUCAUGCCAUGUAAAUUAGUCUGUAGAGUUUUCCCCUCAUUGCUACUAUGUCAUUGCCUUGUUCUUGCAUUGGUGUGAGCUGUGAGCGCUUCCCUCCUUGCUUGUAAAAACAAUUGAUAAAUGUAAUUUAAAUGGCCUCCGCUGUAACCAUGCAAAAGAUAGAUUUGUCAAUGUGUGCCUACUCUAAAAAUCCCAGAUGGGGAUCCCCCACAUACAUUAAUAUAUAUAUAUCUCACACACACACACACACACACACACACACACACACACACACACACACACACACACACACACACACACACACACACACUAGAAGCCGCUAGCCUACUCCUAACUCCCCUUCAAACUGAGCAGAGGUGUGUGUACAUGCGCCCCUCAAAGCUGUCACACCCCAGACUUGGGAAAGGGAAACACUCCAACAAAGACACCUAGUUUGGGAGAACUCGUUGCAAUUGUUCUUUUUAUUUUAUUUUAUACCAGCGCUCCUGUCUUGUGCUACCAAGACAGCAUUGUAUUCUGUUGAGUAGUUCAAUCUAUCAAUACUUACUGUUAAUUUAGUCUGUCAAAAGCUUUCAUCCAGUCCAAAUUAAAUUACUAUAACAAUGACUAUAACAUAUGAUUAAGAUUAUGAUGAAAAAUAUGUUUUGUAAUUAUGUUCUUGUGUAUAAAUGUAUGGAGGUCCUUUUGCUUUCAUCUCUGAUUAUACCAUGUCACAGAAUAACAGUGCAUUUCCCUGGUUUUAAGUUCUGUCCUAUACCGAUGAAGUUGGACAAUUUGUUAAUAAAGUCUGCCGGUUUUUAUAA